AGCGACAGGUCUCGGGCCCCCAGGCGGAGCGGCGGGCGCCGGACCCCCAGGCGGAGCGACAGGCACCGAGUCACCAGGCACAACAGUGGGCUCCGAGUCAACUGGCAUGAUCGCUGGCACUGGGUCAGACAUUGGAUCGUCUGGCUGGACAGCGGGCAUCGGGUCACCAGGCAUCAGUCAUUUGGCUCAACAGCGGGCACCGCGUCAUCUGGCAAGGCAGUGGGCUCCGAGUCAACUGGCAUGACUGCGGGCACUGGGUCAGACAUUGGAUCGUCUGGCUGGACAGCGGGCAUCGGGUCACCAGGCAUUAGGUCAUUUGGCUCGACAGCGGGCACUGCGUCAUCUGGCAAGGCAGUGGGCACCACGUCACCAGGCACGACAGUGGGCUCUGAGUCAAUUGGCAUGACAGCGGGCACCAGGUCAUCAGGUACCGGAUUGUCUGGCUCGACAGCGGGUAUCGGGUCACCAGGCAUCAGGUCAUUUGGCUCGCCAGCGGGCACCGCGUCAUCUGGCAAGGCAGUGGGCACCGAGUCACCAGGCACGACAGCGGGCUCUGAGUCAAUUGGCACGACAGCGGGCACCGGAUCAGGUACCGGAUCGUCUGGAUCAACAGCGGGCAUCGAGUCAACUGGCCUAAUAGGAUCAUCAGGCUGGAUCAGUUCAUCAGGCUGGGUAGAGGCAUCAGGCUGAGUGGAGGCAUCAGGCUGAGUGGAGGCAUCAGGCUGAGUGGAGGCAUCAGGCUGGGUACAGACCUCAGGCUGAAGUGCGGACGGCAGGCUCACCGGUUUGGAUACUGGCAGGAUGGUAUUGGUUGGAAAGAAUUUUCGCUUUUUUCUGGUUUUAACUACUGGAGCACUGCAAGUAAACGCAGGUCUGCAAACGAAUGGAGCAGCUGGAGACAGAGAAGAGCUGGAGGAUGGAACAGGGGAGGGAACAGUUGCUACAGAGGGCUUUUUUACAGGGUUAAAGGCAGGAUAGGUGCAGCGAGUGGGAACAGGGUACUGACAUGCGGUAGAUAGCAGGGCAGGAGGAGCUGUUGGGAAUGCAGGAAUAGAGCUUUGAGGAAAUAGAUUAGAAGCAGGACUGGGUUAUUGUAAGCUGACUGAGGCUGGGUGCAACAAAUCUGUCCAUGUCUGCAGUAUGGGUUGAACAAAGCUCAGCUUACACAAAGCCUGUCUGACCAAAGACUGCACUGCGUUUAUACAAUCCCUUAAUACCUGUGGUGAACAUGCAGAAUAACGCUCCAAAAAGUAAUCCACAUCAUCCUCUAAUAACCAUACCAGGGACUCUACCUGGUCGGCACUAAAUGGCGGCAAAAAUUCAUCCCUGCAUUCGGGGGUACCAGAUGAAACCAACUCCGCACAAACCUGAAUCAAUGGCUGCACCUCAGAGAAUUCUGUGCCCUGAUCUACUAGAACAUGAGCGAGCCGUAUACAUUCUAGCAGUUCAUCCCUGGGAUACUCCUUCAGAGUCUGAUAAGCAUACUCUCUGUCAUCAAACACUAGCAGAUAUAAAUACACAACCUCAUCAAGAUCCAUCCUUCCCAUCAACAAACCAAGAUGGCUUCCCUGUGCAGCCACUUCUGGUCAGGAUUGGCCUUGGUGUAAUGUCAGGGCUCCCGGGUAUGACCAGAG